AUCCAUAAAGUGAUAGACCAACUCCCCUUUGAUAACCCUGAUGGCGGAGCUUGGAAGCAAGGGUGGCAGGUCACAUAUCCGCCCACUAGAUGGACGGCAGAGAACAAGCUGAAGAUUGUGCUUGUGCCUCAUACACACUGUGAUCCAGGUUGGGUAAAGACCUUUGCAGAUUACUACCAGAGCCAGACUAAGAAAAUUCUGGACAACUUUGUGCCAAAACUGGAGCAGGAUUCCAAGUACAAGUUUAUGUUUUCUGAGAUCUCCUACUUCUCCUGGUGGUGGUCAGAGAUCUCCACGUCCAUGAAGGACAGAGUACGAAGCUUGAUAAACAAUCAUCAGUUUGAGAUCUCGACCGGGGGCUGGGUGAUGACAGAUGAGGCCAACGCCCAUUACUUUGCCAUGCUGGACCAGUUGAUAGAAGGACAUCAGUGGCUGAACAAUACACUUGGUUACAUUCCCCAGUCAGGAUGGGCUAUCGAUCCCUUUGGCUAUUCGUCCACCAUGGCGUACUUACUGAAGCGAUCAGACUUCAAGAGCAUGCUCAUACAGAGGGUCCACUAUUCUUUCAAGAAGUUCCUGGCUCAGAAUGCUGACCUGGAGUUUAUGUGGAGGCAGCACUGGGAUGCCGAAGCCAGCACAGACAUUUUCACACAUUUGAUGCCCUUCUACUCCUACGACGUCCCUCAUACCUGUGGACCUGAACCAGCUGUUUGUUGCCAGUUUGACUUUAGACGACUCCCAGGGUCUCCCAACAGGUGUCCCUGGCAUAUUGAUGCAAAGGCUGUAACAGACGAAAAUGUGGAAGAAAGGUCAAUGACCAUACUGGACCAGUGGAAAAAGAAGGCCACAUUAUACAAGACAAAUGUCGUUCUUGUUCCUUUGGGAGAUGAUUUCCGCUACAUGCAGCCGGAUGAGUUUGAUCUUCAAUUUGGAAAUUACGAAAAGAUAUUUCGUUAUCUUGAUACACACCCUGAAUUAGGUGCUCAGGCCCAAUUUGGUACUCUAAGCGAUUACUUCAAUACUCUGUAUAAAGAAACGGCUACAAUUCCUGGCCAGCGACCGCCCAGUAUACCAAGCCUUAGUGGUGACUUCUUUUCCUAUGCAGACCGUGAUGACCACUACUGGACAGGGUACUUUACGUCACGACCACUAAGUAAAAAUCUGGACCGCAGCUUGGAGCAUAAUCUCAGGUCAGCUGAAAUAAGUUUCAGCCUGGCAUACUCAGAGGCUAGAAAACACUCAGCAGCAAACUUCCCGUCCAAAUUUUUUAUGGAGAAACUAGUGGAAGCUCGACGAACGAUGGGCCUUUUCCAGCACCAUGAUGCCAUCGCUGGCACUGCAAAAGACUUUGUUAUGAAUGAUUAUGGAAAUAGACUGUUGAAGGCAUUACAUGAUGCUAAGACCAUUGUCGUGGAAUGUUCGGUAUUUUUGCUUGCCGAGAAAAAAGAUGAAUACAGCUGGACCCCAGACUCUCCAAUCUUCAACAUGGACGAAGUACGGUCUAGUCAUGAUAGUCUGCCAACAAGACCUCUCCUGGAGCUCACUGACAUACCCAAAUCUGUGUUAUUAUAUAAUUCUUUAGCACAGCAAAGAACAGAAGUGGUAAAACUGUGGACAAACUGGCCCUAUGUUGAAGUCAGGGAUACCGAUGGUGUUGCUAUCCAUAGCCAGGUGGAGCCAUUCUGGUCAAGUACGGAGACUACGGAUAAGAAUAAAUUCAAGGUGUCAUUUGUGGCCGAUGUUUCUGGUCUUGGCAUCAAAAAAUACACCAUCAGGAAGGUAGUAAAGGGUUCGGACACACGGAACCAUAUUGUAUCAGUGGUCAUCCUGAAUUCUGAUACAAAAAUAGAUAUCAAUGAGUAUAGUGAUUUCACCUUGGACACCAACUUCUUGUCUGCAAGUUUCAGUAGUAUGGGUUUGUUAAAGUCGGUCAAGUCCCUGUCCAGUGGUAAAACUUUCAAGUCUCAAAUGGAUUUUAUACAGUAUGGGACAGCGAGGGCUCAAGACAAGUCCGGUGCCUAUCUGUUUUUGCCAGAUGGAGAUGCUAAACCUCUUUUGGCCAGCAAACCCAGCAUGGUUAAAAUCCUCAGAGGGCCCAUCACAUCAGAAGUCCAUGUGGUCACUCAGUAUGUCCAGCAAGUGGUGAGACUGCAUAAUUCUCCAGGCACAGAUGGGUCAUCCGUGGAUGUGUACAAUGUUGUGGAUAUCAGAAACACUGCCAACAUGGAGGUUGGCAUGCGUCUACACACGGAUGUGGAUAACAGCCAGCAGAUUUUCUACUCAGACUUAAAUGGUUUUCAGAUGCAGCAAAGGAAGUACUAUCGUAAACUGACACUGCAAGGCAACGUCUACCCCAUGGCGACGAUGGCCUACCUUCAGGACAGGAGCAAGAGGGUCAGCGUCCUGACUUCACAGUCCUCAGGGGUAGCUAAUUUAGUCCAAGGUGCUAUAGAUGUCAUGUUUGAUCGCCGUCUCAACCAAGAUGACAACCGAGGGCUGGGUCAGGGAGUGCUGGACAACAAACCAACCCCAAGUCGAUUUAGAAUAUUGUUUGAAAGCCGAGAGUCUGAUGUUGAGAAUCCCAACCCAGAAACUUCUUUCCCAUCUCUUUUGGGUCAGCUGUCCUCGCUGGCUCUCAUCCACCCGAUAUUUGUGAUGCCCCAAAGUGAAACGGGCAAGGAGCCCAGUCUGGGCAGCUCUGUCUCGUUGCUGAGUGAGUCGUUGUCCUGCGAACUUCAUCUGCUGAAUCUGAGAACACUGCAGAAUAGUGAUGACCAGCCUGAGCUGAAGUAUGUGCCCAAAGAGUCUAGUCUACUGCUGCUUAGACAUUUACCAAGUGACUGUUCCUUCACAUCUCCUAGCCUGUCCUGCACACCUGGAGCUGGCAAGGUUGUACUAACCAACAUGUUCUCUGUGGCGGGAGUCAAGAAAAGUGUGCAGACGUCACUGACAAUGAAUAAAAUCAUAACCGAGAUAACCCCGUCUUCCCCCUUGCAAGUACAGCCAAUGGAAAUAAUGGCUGUUCAAAUAGAGUUUUCUUGA